CGGCAAGUGGUGGCGAAUUAUCUCACUAAUUUGGCAGUAGGUGCCGCCGCUUUGGGAUUCUGUUCGUUCACCUAAUACGAGUAGUACUUGCGGGUCCUCAGAAGGGCCUGUUAAAGGACCUAAUCUUGUGAUGUAAUCACUGAUUUAGGUUCUCCCAAAUACUAAGUACUUAGGCGUUAGUAAGGAAGAUUUAGAGGGGAGCUACUACAACAAAGGAAUAUACCUUACGGGAUUAACAACAAAACUAUUCCAACACAUCCAAACCAUUGCCAGCAUAUCCCGUCACACACUCAGUCGUCUUACUUUCGUGGUCAAACAACGCCAACAUGGUCUACACAAUCACAGUGCACAUGCGAGCCAAAUCCUCCGAUCCCACCGUCAUCCAGAAGCUCAAGAACAAAUUGAUCGAAGCCUCAAGAGUCUACUCAAAGGACAAGGAAACCGUCUCAUGGUUCGUCAUGCAGUCCGUCCAUGACCCACGGGACUUCACCAUUGUGGAACGCUACGAGCACGAAAGCAGCCAGAAAUAUCAUCUCGAGAACCCGUACUGGAAGACCUUCGAUCCAUAUGUGAAACCCCUACUGGAAGGAGAAAUGGACCUCAGAAGGUUCGAGGAAUUGGACACGAGUCAAGACGUGGUCGUUGAAUGAGAUCGGCUGGUAGCAUCCAAAAUGGGAAGAAAAGGAGAAAAGCAACAUGUCAAGUAGUAUUAGUUUCUGUUCAACAGCAUCAAUCAUCAUUGCCA